CCAUCCUUCGAUGACGAAACUCAUAGAGGCGCAACUAUCUGGUUUGGCGAUGGAAAUGAUAGGGGAGCUACAUCAUGAAGAUAACUAUUUUGACACUGAUGACGACGUCUGGCAUAGAGACGAUGGUGGGCAAGAAGAGGAUGACACGGUCAACUCCUGUGAAAACAUUUGUGCAGUCUGCGAGGAUUGCGAAAUCGAGAGUGAGAGGAGCUGGGGAGCUGUCGUGCCACUGAGGGGCAGAGAUGAGCAUACGGGGGGGGAUAGUGGAUGGGGGGGUGACCUGAUGGUUGAUGAUGAGAGUACCGGUGUGGACAGUGACUCGCAUCUGCAUCAGGAUAUCAGAGACCGGGUCGGAGGGUGGGAGGUAGGAGAGUGGGAGUUGGAGUUGGAGCUAACGCCACCGGCGGCGGCAACGGGGAGGACUACAACGACAACAGGAAAAAAGAUGAGCCAUGAUGCGGCUAUGUGGGACAGAGAUGAGCAUGAAGGGGAGGUUGGCAGGUGGUGGGAUAACCUGACGGCGCUCUUCUAUCAGGUUGAUAACAACGACAUCAACAACAAUGACAACAACAACAACAACAAUGGUAGAGAAAACAACAAUAACAAUGGUAGAGACAACAACAACAACGGUAGAGACGACAACAUCAACAACAACAACAACGAUGGAGACACCAACACCAGCAACAAUGACAACAACAUCAACACCAACACAAACAACAACGACGAUGAAGAUGGGGGCGACGACCAUGGCAGAAGCUUGGCAGGGAGGGGUGUUUGCGCAGCCAUGAUCGCCAUCUGCAUGGCAGGAGAGAACAACGAUGGCGAUAACUACAUCAACAACAACAACAACAACAACAACAACAACAACAACAACAACAACAACAGCACCAACAACUACAACAACAACAACAACAAUGACGAUGAAGACAGCGGCGGCAAUCAUGGCAGCAGCGGGGCAGGGAGCAAAGAUGGCGGUGGCGACCAUGGCAGAAGCAGGGUACGAAGUGGUGUUCGCACACCCAUGAUCGCCAUCAGCACGGUGGGAGAGAACAACGAUGGUGAAGACAAGAACAACAACAACAACAACGAAAACGAAGAAGACGGCGGUGGCAAUCAUGGCAGCAGCAGCGGGGUAGGGGGCGGUGCUUGUGCAUCCAUGUUCGCUAUCAGCGCGGUGACCAGCGCCGAGAUCGGUGGCAAAAAUAGGUCUACUAUCCUCUCCGUCCCCAACCUUGAUAUGGAGUUGAACGCUUUUGUCCGGCAGAGGGGAGUAGGAUAGACAAUGGUGGUUGCUCUUGCCUGCCCCUGCUCUCUUCAGAUAAUCAUAGUACGAUGAUUUCACAUUUGAUUGCAUAGGGGAUGUUGAUAGGGUUUCACGCUUAUUGUCGAUUGAUUCCGAGCAUUCACAUCA